AUAACAGUGCGUGUAUAAAGAGAGAGGCAUAGCUACAGUAGAAGACAGAAGCGUGGAGGUACACUAGUGAGCGGCGCAUGCGUACUUACUGUAUUCGCAGUUGGAAAGAUAAAAUGGAAAAAGAGUUCAUGCCUCUUCAGUGUCUACAGGCAACAGGAAAAUUGAACUGUGGUCUAAUAAUUUUGAAUCAACCACUGGACAGAUAUUGGUUAGACCAACUGUGGAGUAAAGCUGUCUUAAAAGCCUGUGCAGAUGGAGGUGCAAAUCGCCUGUUUGUGAGCACAGUAGGAGAGCAAGACAAAUAUAUUCCUGAUUACAUCAGCGGAGAUUUUGACUCAAUACAGCCAAUGGUUAAAGAAUUUUACAAAGAUCAGGGAUGUGAAUUUAUAGAAACACCGGAUCAAGAUUUCACUGACUUCACAAAAUGCCUUAUGAUUUUUCAAGAAAAAAUACUCCAAAAAAACCUUCAGGUGGACGUGAUAGUAGCGUUGGGAGGACUUGGUGGCCGCUUUGACCAGACUAUGGCUUCGGUAGAGACGCUCUAUCAUGCUGUUGAUAUCGUCCCUAGUCCAGUAAUCACUAUACAGGAUUCUUCCCUUAUCUACCUCCUGCAGCCAGGAAAGCACAAACUACACGUGUCAACGGGAAAAGAGGGGAAAUGGUGUGGCCUGAUACCAGUGGGAUCAGCGUGCAAAUCUGUAACUACCACUGGGCUGAAAUGGAACCUCACUGCCGGUGUGUUGAAGUUUGGAAGUCUGGUCAGCACAUCAAAUGCAUAUGAUGGUUCAGGCAUUGUGACAGUGGAAACAGACAAUCCUUUGAUUUGGACUAUGGGUAUUAAGACUGAGAAGGAAUAAAAA